UUGUAGCCUUUACGUAGUGCGUUGUUUGUACGCUGGUUCUGAAGUUAGCCGACGGUAGCUAACCUUAGUUAACGUAACAGUUAGUGAUGUUCGCGUAGUAUUAGAUUUCUAGAUAUAAACUGUUCGCUCUAAAUACUUACACGGUGUUCAUAAAGCCGCAUUCCGUUUCGAUUCAGACGCGGUUUUUCGUUGAAGCUAAACCAUUAGCCUAGCAGGCUAACAACGGUCUACAAUGGAGGGCAGCGCGAGCGUGAGGAGAGCGUUGUGCGGGACUCUUGUCCCUGUCACAGUGUCAACAAUGGCUCUCCUACAACAACAUCCCGAGGAGAACGACAAGGGGAAGCUGCAUAGAAAGGUCCUCGACGAAGAGGAGUACAUUGAGAGUUUAGAAAAGAUCAUCCAGAGGGACUUCUUCCCAGAUGUGACUAAAUUGCAAGCGCAGAAGGACUACCUUGACGCGGAGGAAACUGGUGACCUAGAAAGAAUGAGAGAGAUAUCCAUCCGAUAUGGAUCGUCCUUGACCAAAUCUACCCCAAGAUCUUCUGCACCCUAUGUGACACCUGCAAGCUUUGAGACACCACUGGGCCGCUCAGGGUCUCCCUCCUCCAGUCAUGGCGGUAAAGGUUUAGACGGGGAGAGCAAGGAUGAUGACAAGGAAGAGAAAGAGCUGCCCGCUCUGGAUCGCUUCCUCGCUAAAAAUACCAGUGAGGAUAACGCAUCCUUUGAGCAGAUCAUGGAUCUGGCAGAGGACAAGGAGAGGCUGAGGCAUUCCUGGUUAUAUGAGGCAGAGGCUGAAUACAAACAGCGCCACGAAGAGAACCUUAUGUUACCAUCGGCAGAGAAAGCAGCACUUGAAUGUGUCAAAGCUGGACUGGAGACGUGGGAGUACAAAGCGAAGAACGCCUUGAUGUAUUAUCCAGAGGGUGUUAAAGACGACGAUCUAUUUAAGAAGCCGCGGGAGGUCAUUCACAAGAACACGCGCUUUGCUGGAGACCCAUUCAGCAAAGCUCUCAACAAAAGCCAGAUUCAGCAGGCGGCAGCCCUCAAUGCACAGUUCAAACAGGGUAAAGUAGGACCUGAUGGGAAAGAGCUCAUCCCACACGACUCCCCGACAGUAAAUGGAUAUGGUUUUGAAAGUAUGCCAUCUCCAGCACCUGGUGUAGCUGAGUCGCCUCUGAUGACCUGGGGUGAGAUUGAGAGCACCCCAUUCCGUCUGGAUGGAUCAGACAGCCCGUAUAUUGAGAGGAAUCAUGGUCCAUCAUUUAAGAUUCCAGAACCAGGAAGACGAGAGAGGCUGGGUUUAAAGAUGGCCAAUGAAGCCGCCGCUAAAAACCGCGCAAAGAAACAGGAGGCGUUCCGAAAGGUCACGGAGAACCUUGCAAGUCUUACUCCUAAAGGUCUGAGCCCAGCCCUCACCCCCGCCCUGCAGAGGCUCGUAAAUCGGACAUCCAGCAAAUACACGGACAAAGCUUUACGGGCGAGUUACACCCCGUCUCCCUCACAUCAAGUCCCCGGCUGCAAGUCUCCUUUCGGCGGCCCGUCCACUCCCACGGGAACGCCAACGCCAACUAAAGUCAAGACGCCGAGCUCUCAGGACCUGACGUCCCUGACAGACAAUCUGCUGCAACUUCCCAAGAGACGGAAAGCCGCCGAUUAUUUCUGAGUGAGAGAAGCUGUUCUCUGCUGGGAUUGUACAAAACAGAUAUGUUACGUGGAAAACUUGAUUUUGAACUGUCCAGAGCACAUCUUUCAGUCGGAUGACUGGAGAAAGAAAUGCACACAGGACUGAAGCAUUUUCAAGAAGUUUUCUCUAUUUUUGAGCAGACGGGUUAAUAGAGGUCCCUGCUAAAUACAGUGUUCAAAUUAUAUUGUACAACUUGAUGUUCUUAUUUUAAUUUUGUUUCAUAGAUUUUUGUACAGCUGUAUCCACUCUAACAAAUGUUUGGUAUCCGUGACACACAGCAGCUUAAAUGAUGUAAAUAUAUGCAUAGAAUCCAGUAGCUGUUUCUAAUCCAAUAUUUAAUAAUUUCAUCCAAUAGCUGUUGCCCAGCUCUCCAUACAUGCUGCCAUGACAUGUUCAGUGUCUCUGCAUCAUAGAAAUGACUCAAACCCAAUGUCAAACAAUUGUGUUGGUGUUUAAAAUGAAGAAAAAUGUGUUUCUCUUUUCCCUAUAUUGGGAAAAAAAAAUGUGCAGGCAGAGCUGGGCUCAGCAUUAUAAAUCUGUACAACCUUUUUCUUAAACUCUAAAAUAAAAACUGGACACGUUUGACAAAGAAAA